AUGACCUCCAACGCUGCUGAACUGUCCUAUUUGUCGUACGCGCGCUAUGGCAAGACCAGUGUCCGCGUCUUCCGGAUUGUCCGAGAGGGAAAGUGGCACCACACUGUCGAGUACAACGUCGAGACGCUGUUGGAGGGCGACAUCGAGACUAGUUACACAGAAGCCGACAACUCGGUCGUCGUCGCCACAGACUCCGUCAAGAACAUCACAUACUACCUCGCCAAGGUCUCGCCUCAUAUCCUCAACGCGGAGAAAUUUGCUCUGCACAUUGGCACGUUCUUCGUGUCCAAGUAUGCCCACAUCCACAAGGCCCAUGUCACCGUGGAGCAGCUGCGUUGGAAGAGGAUCUCCAUCAACGGCGAGGAGCAUCCUCACUCUUUCUACAGGGAUGGAGAUGAUAAGCGCGUUGUGAAAGCUGUGGUGGACGCCACAGCAGGCAAACAUGCCUUGGUAGCCAAUGUUUCUUCUGGCCUGGUGGAUCUCCUUGUUCUGAAGUCAUCUGGGUCGGCAUUCGAGAACUUUUGGACGGACGAAUACACUACCCUCGUCCCAGUCGAUGAUCGCAUUUUCUCUACCUCUGUUGACCUUUCGUAUACCUUCAAGGGCGUUAAGCUUGUCGCGCCUCAGGACGACAAGAAGCUCGAGUUCCAAAUCCCUUUGAAUAAGGGAGAUGAAGGUUAUGAUGGAAGCGUCUGGGACGAAGACGUACCGAAGCGCACCAGAGACGCUACCCUACAAAUCUUUGCUUUGGACGAAAGUGCCAGUGUCCAGGAUCAGGCGACUCUGUACAAGAUGGCCCAGCGAAUUAUCGCCGAGAAUGGGGGUAUUCAAGACGUUACCUAUACGCUCCCCAACAAGCACUACAUCCCAGUGGACAUGCGCUACAUCGGCGUAGAUAACCUGACUCCAGAUGUCGCGUCUACCUCGGUUCCGCUCUCUGUCAGCACACGUCCCCGACUCAAUUCUUUCAACCUUUGCCCGCCUCUGUUGCGUUUCAUCUUCGUUGGCGGCCCGUUACCCAACGUUCAUGUCUCCCGAUCACCGAUCUCCUCCAAAGAGCGCCUUCCGGCCUCAUUCUAUUAG